UCACUUCUUCUUCUUCGUCUUCUUCAAAAGCAGAAAGAGCUUGAAUCUUUGGAGCCAGAAAUGUCUCUAACGUGCGUGAAAAUGUCGGAGGACGUGUGGCUAACUUGUAUGACGCAUGCAUUGUCCACCGAGACCGAAGAGAUCAUGGGUCUCCUCCUUGGUGAUAUUGAGAACUCUGCAAACGGGGGAGUCACUGCAGUAAUUUGGGGCGCAUCACCUCAGACACGAUCAGAUCGGAGGAAGGACCGUGUUGAAACUAAUCCUGAGCAGUUGGCUGCUGCAUCAGCUCAAGCCGAAAAAAUGACAAUAUCAUCUGGAAGAACAACAAGAGUGAUCGGGUGGUACCAUUCACAUCCUCAUAUUACAGUUCUUCCUUCCCAUGUCGACGUAAGAACUCAGGCCAUGUAUCAACUUCUAGAUACUGGGUUCAUUGGGCUGAUAUUUUCCUGUUUCAGUGAAGACGUAAACAAGGUUGGACGAAUACAAGUCAUUGCCUUUCAAUCCUCAGAUGGGAAGCAGCAUCAUAUGUCAAGACCUAUAUCUUUAUCUCCAGUAAAUAAAAGUUCAAUUAUAGAAGUUGAAUCGUCUUUAAGUACCUCAGAAGGUGCAUCAGUAAGAUAUGGCUCUGCUAGAGCAGAAGCUGUUGAACAAGACACAGCUGAUUCAAGAACUUCUGGAAUUAUAAAGGGUGGCGGUCGAUCUUCAGACCUUGGGCUUUUCUUUGCUGGUGCUGAGGUAAAUCAUCUAGAAAGAGAAACAAUUGGAGGGAAUUACCCCACGGAAACUUCAGCCAAUAAUAUUGUUGAUGUAGAUCCCAUGGAUAUGUCUGAGGGUAUGCAAGAAGCAAUGCACCGUUCGAAUAUGGAUAUGAGUGGUGCUGAGUAUGUCAGAAAAGAAGUUCCUCUUUAUGUUUUACCGACCUCUUCUCUCAUUAAGCUUGAUUCACCUCUAAUGUCAUUUACGGAAUUGCAACGAGUACUAUAUGAGGAGGAGCGAGCAGCCUAUAACCAAGCAAUCUCGCAAAAUAUGAGGGAUGGGAAAAUGCAUCCACUUACUUUCAUACAUCACACAUCAAUGUAUCAAUCUUCCAUGUGCAAAUUAAUCGAAUAUUGCUUAAGUCCUGCCAUAUAUGCACUGCAGUGUCGGUUAAGAGAAAAUGAAAUUCGGUUGGCAUUGCUCACCGAUGAAGUGAAAGGUUUGGAGAACGAAACACGUAGAGGAAGUGAGUCAAAUUCUGGAUCCUCUCGUCAAGUUCCAUCACCUGCACUCCGAGGAAGCGCUCCUUUAGGCCAUCGGGAACUGUUUGGUCCAGCUGGAUCUAUCAGUCCGAGGAGUGUAGCUGGAGGUAGCCGAAGCAGAAAAGGAUCAUCAUAGCGGAAUCAACAGGAAAUCCACGGAAUACAUGUGGUAUUAUUUGGAUAGCAUUGUUUUGUUAAAACCAGUUAUGCCUGCGCUUAGUAUGAAAUGUGUUGUGAAAGUUGUAUCUCUGGUAUAGGCUAUACUUUGUUCUUUGAAAUUAAGAUACCCUAUUUAGUCAAAAGAGGACAACUGUGGUGCAAAUCACAUCUGUAUAUUACAUGCAGAUCUAUCAAAAAUUUCAGCAUAUUUGUUUCAU